GUUCGCGGCAUGCAGGGUCCCUGUUCAAUCUCGGAGUUUCCUCUCGCCUCUGCUCUCGGCGUGCGGAAGGAUAGGGGGGAAAGCGCCUCCUCAGCUCGAGUCAGCACUGCGAGGGGCUUCCCUUGUCCGCGGAAUUCCAGGUGUUCGCGGAAUACAGAAAGAAGGAUGAGGAGGUGGCUUCCGAGUUCCCGUGCAGAAGGUGGAAGCUAUUCAUGUCUUCACCUGAAUUUGAGGCUCUGUCGCAAGAUGAACUCCGAAAAAGACUGUAUCAGACAUUUAAGAACCGAGGUGUUUUGGACGCCCUUAAGACACAGCUUCGAAACCAACUUAUACAUGACUUAGUAAAGCCAGUUUUAAGUGUAGAAACUCAACCACAAGCCAUUUCUAGUGAAUGCAGUUCAUUGAUAAUUGGUGCUUCAAACAGUCUGGUUGCCGAUCACCUGCGCAGAUGUGGCUAUGAGUAUUCACUGUCCAUCUUCUAUCCAGAAAGUGGAUUAGAAAAGGAUAAGGAACUUACUUUGCAAGAUUUGCUGCAACUCAUUAGGAUUAAUCCCAGGACUGACCUUUAUAAAACACUGGUUUCAGCUUCAGGAAAGGAUAAUACAAAAGGCUUACUUGUGCAGAUUUUAACAGAGUUGAUAGAACACAGUCUUUGUAAGGAAAGCUGUACCACAGAAACCCAGACAAGUGUAGCACCGGGUAAAGAAUCUCUUGCUGACAAACUUCAACUGAUUGAUGAACAGUUUGCAGACAUGUAUCCUAAGCACCACAUAUCUGAGUCUUUUCAAGUAAAACUUGCUGAAUUUAAAAAAGAAAUAGAACAGCAGCUUCAAACAGAAAUGUCUCAAAAGUUGCAACACUUCAGAGAGAUUGAAAUAGCCAAAAUUAAAAUGGAUGAAAGAACCCAGUCCCAGAAAGAAAUUUCAGAGCUUCGUAGAGAGUUUGAAAAAGCUUAUCAAGCUAAGUCGGAAGCACUGAACUCUCGAGAAAGAAAUGCCAUUGAGAGACUUCGGAAACAGCAAGAGAUUGAUGCAAAAGAAAUUUAUCUGCAAAGACAAAAUCUGUUGAAAGAUAUUGAAACAAUAAGGGCCCGAGAAGUAGAAUUGAAGCAGAGAACAGAAGCUUUUGAAGUAGCUCAAAAGCUUCAAGAAUCAAAAAAUAAAACUGUUGAAGAUGUGCUUCAUUGUCGUGAAUUAGCUGUGAAGAAUAUUGAGGAGACAUAUGACCAGAAGCUAAAGAAUGAACUUCUAAAGUAUCAGCUUGAACUAAAGGAAGAAUACUUAGCCAGAACCAAGAAAAUUACAGAAGAUGAGAAAAAACAUAAAGAGAAAGCUAUGCUUUUGCGUGAAGAGACCGUUUCUCUUAAUUCAAAAAAGCAAGAAUUUGAACAAGCUAUCUCACGUAAAAAAGAACUUGAGUUGGAAAUAGAUUCAAUCAAGGCCCAAGUGGUGAUGUUAAGCAAGGAGAAUCAGUUGUUGCUGGAAAAACUGAAAGAUGUGUCGGACUACUCCAUGCUAAAAGAGGAGAAAAUGGAAUUACAAGUUCAGAAUAAGCUACUGAAAGAACAGUUGGAGGAAGCACACAGGGAAAACCUGCAACUCAGAGACAAACUAAGUCAACCAUCAUCUGAAUAUGUGGUUCUUCAAGCUGAGUUGAAAAGAAUAGAGCUUGCUAGAAAGCUUGAACAUGAAGAGUCUGAAACUCAUAAGCAGAUCUUAGAAAAGCAGUUACAAAAUGAGGUUGAUCGUUGUGUAGAACUGAAGUCCCAACUGUCAAAUUGUGAAAAUGUGAUCAGAAAGUUGAAUGCACAAAUGGAAGACCUGAAAUUACAACUGAAACAAACACAGACAGCACUAGAGAAUGAAGUAUAUCGGAAUCCUAAGCCCUCGUUGGUUGAUCGUUCUGUCAUUGACUUGAUUGGUGACAAGACUGCACCUCAUGAUGUUUAUAUUGAUGGUGCUUUCUUGAAAAAGUAUCCUGUGGCUAAUAUUGGAAUUGAAAAUGCUGCAAGUCCCAAUCAUCACCAUCAUGUACUGAGAUCCAGCACUUCACCAGAUUCUGAUUUAGAAUUUGUAGCUAAUACGAAAAUUAGAAUAAAAGAAUUGGAGAAAGAAGCUGCAUAUUUAGAAGAGGCCUAUAAGAAUUACCAGUAUCGAGUCACUCAUAGUACAGCUGGCCCAGCAAAGACUGCAUUCUCUUCAGCCUUGCCAAGUGACUUGACUGUGGCAUCUCGCCCAAGACAGUAUGAUCUGUGCUCCCCGGCAUUACCCCUUCUCUGUCAAAAAACUAAAAGCUAUAACUGGACACCAGGAAAUGGGGAUCACUUGAAAGAUUAUUUGACUCCUCCCCCAAAAACCCCCUCUUCAUUCAGACGUUUGUCUUCAACGCCUGUCUCCAAGAGGAAGAGAAAUAUUCGUAACAAGCUCUUUUCUGAAGAUCCAACUGAUUCACCUAGUGUUGCUCCCCUUCAAAAUGUUGAUCAUCCACUCUCUCCUAUUCUGAGAAUAGGGAACUGUUCACCUUCUGAAUCUGCUUCUAAUACAUCAGCUGCAUCUUCAGCACUAGGCGAACACAAAUUAAGUCUUCAUCAAAAUCAAGAUGAGAAUCACAGUGUUAGUGAUGCUGCAAAUCCUGAAAAGAUUUUGCAUGAACAGCUUGAAAAUCACGACUCUGACAGUAAAUAUCAAGAGGACAUUCCAGAACAUCUCAGAAGCCAUGUGUCGCAUCCGUCUGGGGACAUUGUUAGCAAGAACCACAUUUCAGCCGCUGUAUCAGCAGCAAGCACUUCACAGCAAGACAUAAGUAGAGGAAAGAUAACUGUAGAGGGACAAAAACUUCCUGAAGAAGAGGACCAAAAAUGGGAAGAAGAAAGAAGAGAACGAGAAGAAAGAAGGCAGAGAGAAAGGCAAGAAGCUUGGGAAAGAGAGAAAGAAGAACUGGAAAAAUUGAAUGAACAAUGUCAUCAAGAAUCAUUGGAGAUUGAGAAAAAACAAAAUGAAGAAGUAACAAACUUGGAAGCCAGUCUGUCAAAAUCAGAACAACAUGAUGGAGGUCCUAUGUCUAAUCCACUUGAAAAGUACAUGAAAAUAAUACAGCAGAAUAGAGAGCAAGAGCUUGCAAACAAGAACUCCUAUAAAGAAGAAGUUGAAGUUCCUUCUGAGAGAAUCCCAGGCAGCGAAAAAGAAGACAGCUUUAGUGCUGCAGGUACUGAUGAAGAAGGAGAUGAAGAUUUCUGGUAAACAUCAGCUACCAGUAACUACCUGACCAUUAAAAACGGACUCAUUUAUAGAAGCGAAAGCUCAAGGCAGCAGAAAGCUUGAUCCUGCAUAAUACAGUUCCAGUUGCAAAGUAAUUAACAAAGAAGAGUGCUUCUCCAUUUAAAUCUAUUUGAAUGAUAUUUUUUUUUAGAAUUCAUCUUGCAGAUGAUCAAAUAUAUUCCCUAUGUCAUGAAAUUUGAUUUCUUUCUUUCUGGGCAGUUUAAUCCUAGGAUUAUUUUAUUGACUAUUGACUGUGCUUCCAAAUGGUGAAAAUUUUCCAUAAAUAUAUCCAUGUUUUCUUUUUUCCAAGGUCAUAUUUUUAUUUAGCAUUUUUAUAAAAUGGGCAAGAGCAAAUAUGGAGCCAAGUGCUUUUUUAAAAAUAGCAUAUGUAAUUGUGACUAUUCCUAUUAAAGCUCAUAGUAUUUAAAUCUAAAUACAUUCACUUGAUGUUAAUGUUGCUCCAUCCUCACUACUAGAUACUGCAGAAAAAGUGCACUGAGUAAAAGCUUCCUCAAGCAACUGCUUCAACUAGCAUGGGUUUGUUUUUCCAGCUGCAGAGAGGCUAACAGCAGUUCUAUGGUCUCUCCCUUUACUACACAGAAGCCUCUGAACAUGGAAGCUUACAUGUAUUUGAUGCAAGGCAUGAAGUACAGUGGUGGUGAUCUUCAGCCCCUUGCACCUCACACCUUGCUUUUCAUCUAGGCAGCCUUUUUCAGCCAUCUAGAUGAAGUGCUGCACAAGGAAGGAAAGGAGGCUUGUGAGAUGUUUAGGAUACAACAUAUGCCAUCAGCCCCACCCUCCUCUUUUCAUCCCUGGCACAGCUUUUAGUUGGAAAGGCGGCUGGUAUAGCUCUGGCUGCAAGGAGAAGUGGAGUUCCAAAUAAACCUGUCUUCUCCCCACUCCCCAGGCAAUCUCAGGCAGCCACGGGACUGUACUGUAAGGCAGCUAACCUGUACAGUAUCUUACAAAAAUGAAAAAUGGGCUGAACACUCUUGUUGUGGAUAAGAGCUGCUUUCAAAAAGAUAAUUACAAAGCUUGUGGGGUUGGGUAUUGUGGAAGAGCUGAUUUUAACUUGUUUCAUACAGUUCCAGAGGAUUGACUUGCAGACUCAAUUAUACCUUAGGUCAUACCGUUGACCUUUUUCCUCUAAAAUUAGAACUCCUGCAGAUGAUUUCAGAUCUGUCCCUGAGCAUAUCCAGAGGUGAGAGGGCACUCCUCUGAUUUGCAUAUUCCUCCUAACAGGCUUCACCAGGAACAUAGUUCUUCAGAGACAAAACAUUCUGCUUUACCAUUCUGAAACAUGUUGAAAACAGGAUUUUGCAAAUGAGCAGCUUGAAUUUUUUUCUCAUAUCUUAGAAACGUAGACUGUUGCAAGUGUAAAAGCUCUACAGUGCAAUACCACCCUGUUUGUUUUUUCUGACAGAUAUUCAACCAGCACACACAUUUGAAAUUCCAACCCAUUCUAGAAUACCCACACAGAAGGUCACUACAUAAGAACCACAUGUGGUAGUUCGAGUUGGUAAAGAUUCUUUUCCAAAAAAAAAGCAAAGCGGAAAAAGAUCAUCUUAUUUACCCACAGUUUUUAAUACAUACAAAACUUCUAAUUGUGUGCCACUCAAACAUUAGAAAGCGGCUGCUUAUCUUAGAGAAUUUUUAAAAUAAGUAUACACGAACAUUGGUUCUAUUAUCUACAAAUAUUUAUUGUAACACUUGGGAAUAACUACAGGAAGCCCUUGGCACUGAUAGAAAAUAUUGAUUCACGGUUAGGUUACAAAAAUUUAUACAUAGCAAAAUUGAAUGCUCUUUACAUAAAAAAUAUUAGACUACUUCAACAAAACUUCAAAAAACUCCCAGUAAUAGCUACAUAGAAUUAGAAAAGAAUUAGGCUUUAAGACACUGUCUGUUACCUUAAUGCAAACACUGGACUAGAAAGAACAUCUCCUGCAUUGCUGUAGAAAUUUGUUUCCUUCAUGCAACAGGUAAAAACAAACACUAAGCUAUUUUCUCUGUUCUAUAUAGAGUCUGCCUCUUAAAAAAAAGAUUAGGCAUGUAACAAACUCAGAUGCAAGGUAAUACCUGAAAUUUUUUCCACAUUAAUAUUUUUCCUGUAACCUUCAUAAAGAAAUGUGUACCUCCUUCCUUAUACACUGCUGAGUGGUCAAAAGGAAGAUUUUAAUAUUCAGCAAACAUUCCAAACAGAUGUAUGACUUGACUUUUUACUGAUUUAAAACGCACUGAUGUACUUUAAUUUUCUCCAACAUUUAUAUAUAUAUAUAUAUUUUAAAAAUAGCACACCAAAGAUACCAUCACUAGUACUCAAGCUAGCACUGAAUGUUUCUGAAAAUGUUAGAAGGCAAAUUUUGUGGGAAAUAGUUUUAAAAUGGCACCCAAUAUUUUACUGAACACAAUUCUUAUCAGAGAAAAUAAACACUGUCUAUAAAUGUAUCGAGCACCAAAAUUGAGACGGGUGGUUGACCUGUGCUCCAUAUGGCUAUGGGUUUUUAAAUUCUAAAAAUUCUCAUCUGCUCACUUGAAACAGUUAAACUUCUGUUUUUUCCACAAGGUAACACUUUCUGCUCUGAUAAAAUACAGACAGGAUAAUGAUCUCCCACUGCUAUAUAAAUGUUUAAGACAUUUAUAGAAAAUAAACAUUAAGGCAAAGCUGACAUUUAUUUUCAGAGGAGGAGAUCAUUAUUCUUAUCUGAGGGUCCAUCUACAUUCCAUAAAACAA